UGCUCGGCGCUCUCCUCUCCCGACGACAGCUACACCUCACAACCGUGAGCUCGCGAAGGAACGCUGUUCGCAAUUCCGGCGCCGGCACCAUGAGUAAGCUGCAGAGUGAUUCUCUGAGGGACGCGAUUGCCUCAAUUACCAAUGAUUCCCGUGAGAAGCAGCGCAAAUUUGUUGAAACCAUUGAGCUACAAAUUGGACUGAAGAACUAUGACCCUCAAAAGGACAAGCGCUUCAGCGGUUCUGUUAAGCUGCCUCACAUCCCUCGCCCUAAGAUGAAGGUUUGCAUGCUUGGUGAUGCUCAGCAUGUUGAGGAGGCAGAGAGAAUAGGUAUAGACAAUAUGGAUGUGGAAGCCCUCAAGAAGAUGAACAAAAACAAGAAGCUAGUGAAGAAGCUGGCAAAGAAGUACCAUGCUUUCCUUGCAUCUGAGGCUAUCAUUAAGCAAAUUCCUCGUCUUCUUGGUCCUGGUCUUAACAAGGCAGGAAAAUUCCCUACCUUGGUGACACACCAGGAAUCCCUUGAGUCCAAGGUUAAUGAGACAAAGGCUACAGUUAAGUUCCAGCUGAAGAAGGUGCUUUGCAUGGGUGUUGCUGUUGGCAACUGCGGCAUGGAUGAGAAGCAGAUCUUCCAGAAUGUGCAAAUGAGUGUCAACUUCCUCGUGUCGCUCUUGAAAAAGAAUUGGCAGAAUGUGAGAUGCUUGUACCUGAAGAGCACUAUGGGAAAGGUGUACCGGCUGUUCUAAAUUUUCCAAUUAGGCUUAGAAUUUCCAGGAGACUCGAGUGCUUGGACACUUGCCAUUUUCCCUACCAUCCAUUUUUUUGAGCAACUAUGGAUUAUCUAGUUACAAACUUGGUCUUGUACUUGAUGUUUUGUUCUUGAUACCGAACCUAUGACAUUGUUACCUUAUUUCAAUGUUUCUCUCGUCACC